GGAUAAUUGGAUCCCCUGCCCCGGACACGGUGGUUUGUACGUCUGACGGUCCGGUACGGUCCAAAACAACCAACGGACUGUUCCGCGCAACUGCAUAGACAGGUGUAAUUGAAUCUGGUUGGUCAUCCGUCAUCGAAACACAGCCUUACGAAUUACUAUAAAUGGAUGGCGUGCAAACCGUAGCACGUUUCAGUGGCUCCAAGUUCGUUACACGAAGCAGCAGAUACUUCGAUUCUGACGGGCCGAAGAAAGUGAAGAUUUUCAGUUGUUUCAUAUUCGAUCCGUACCGUGAAUUUGAUGGAAGGACUAACCAAACAGAUAAACUGUGUGAAGGAUUUGUAGACGUUUAACAAUAGUCAUUGAUAGUGCAAAAUUAAAUUACAGAGCAGUCAACCGAUUUUGGAAUAUUUGCAAUAAAAAACUGAGUGUGAUUUCAAAUAUUCUAAAGAGUAAUCGUUCAAAACUGGUGGUGCUUUCUUCACUAAAGUUUGCUAACCCUUGGAACCUCAAUACUGUCAUUGAUUAGAAAAGUACCAUCAAUUAUCUACGAAAGCAAACCUAUCUUCACUUUCGUCCGCGCGCUCGUGUUUAGUUAAUAAUACGCUUGUGCACGCGAUUCGUUCGCUAGCGCACUAGUUAGCGGGCUUUAUUAAAGCGUUUUUACUUCCUUCAUGUAAAUGACCGUAGACAAUCACGUAGAGAACUGAAAAACACAGAGUCCCGAACGUGAUGGUUGCAAGUCUCAUUAAAGUGAUCGUUUGGGCUAGCGGUGUCUAUACCGUUGCUGCCCUUUCCACCGUUGAACGUAGUCCAGCGUUCAAUUUCCCACAGGAUGGUGCUACACCAGGCAAUGACCUCACACGACAGGCCGGUAAUGUGAGCAAUGGCAUUACAAGCGGUGUCCUUACGGGUGUCGUACCACUGCAGACAGGUAUACUACCGAAUAUUGUUAACACAGGCGUACCUUCAGGGCAGACGUGCAUCUGUGUGCCCACUGGCCGGUGUAAUGCGUUAUCCACCGGAGGUGGCACAACCGACGGUGCCGGCCAGUUAGACGUUAGAAUUGUAUCUAAUCCAAGUGCCAACACGGGAGUUACGCUUGGGUCAACAACAACAACCACCACCGCAAGCACAAUCGCGCAAGUCAUAACGGUCAAUAUCGUCUCACCGGCCAGUUGUCAAUCGGGACUGGAACGAUGCUGCCUGGCCGGUAGUUACCAGUGUGGUCUACAGUAUCCACCCAUUGCAAACUCGCCAGCCGUCACCGCUAAUCAGGCCAGCUAUGGGGAAUAUCCUUGGCAAGUGGUACUGCUCGGUCCGGGCGACGUUUACGUCGGUUCCGGUGUGCUCAUCGACAAUCUACACGUGUUGACAGCGGCGCAUAAAAUUUCCGACUACACUUCAGGUAGCCGAACGCUGAAGGUGCGUCUUGGCGAGUGGGAUGCAGCAUCCACGUCCGAACCAUUGCCCGUGCAGGAGUUUAAUGUGGCACGCUACUUUGUGCAUCCGAGCUUCAACUCUGCUAAUCUGCGUAAUGACAUCGCAAUACUACGCCUUUCCGGGACGGUAACGCUCGGAACCACGCCAACGAUUGCAACCGCUUGCCUGCCCGUCACUUCGUUUGUUGGCAGCCGCUGUUGGGUGUCUGGAUGGGGUAAGAACGAUUUCGUAAGCGGUGCUUUCCAAUCGAUCCCGAAAGAGGUGGACGUACCGAUCGUAAGUGCGGCCAACUGUCAAACGGCACUACGAACGACACGGCUCGGUAGUAGCUUUGUGCUCGAUACAACCAGCUUUAUCUGUGCCGGCGGUGAGCUGGGCAAGGAUGCGUGCACCGGAGAUGGCGGCUCACCGUUGGUGUGUUCACUGAACGGACGCUGGUAUGUGGUAGGAUUGGUUGCGUGGGGUAUCGGUUGCGGUGCAAACGGCAUUCCGGGUGUUUACGUUAAUGUGGCAUCCUACAAUUCAUGGAUCACGAGUACGAUCGCUACCGUUUAAUGUUUAAUUUGUUAUUAUUCUCCCUAAUAAAAAAUAUCGCGAUAGAGAGACCCUACUAAAGAA